CAUUCAUCUAUUUAAAGGGCUUCAGCCUCAUCCUUCAUUGAUUCAUAACGCACUGGCAAUUCUUCCAUUGAGACUUGUUUCACUGCUCUCUCUCUCUCUCUCUCUCUGAUUCAAGAUGGCGGGGAACUCAACUGCUUUGGCGGGGCUGAUGCUGUUCCUGAGCUUGUGGGCACCAUUAAUGGUGCAAGCACAGGACCAGUCCAUGAAGUACAAGGACCCGAAGCAGCCCAUCAACUUGAGAAUAAGGGACCUGAUGAACAGAAUGACCCUCGCGGAGAAGAUCGGCCAGAUGGUCCAGUUGGACCGCGUGGCAGUCACGCCCGAGAUAAUGAGAAACUACUCAAUCGGCAGUGUCCUUAGCGGCGGAGGAUCCGUGCCUCUCCCCAAGGCCACGCCCAAGGACUGGAUGGACAUGGUCAACGAGCUGCAGAACGGCUCGCUCUCGAGCCGGCUCGGGAUCCCAAUGAUCUAUGGGAUCGAUGCGCUUCAUGGGCACAAUAAUGUGUACCAAGCUACUAUCUUUCCCCAUAAUGUUGGUCUUGGUGCUACGAGGGAUCCCGACCUCGUGAAGAGGAUAGGUGCAGCCACUGCCCGUGAAGUCAGGGCUACCGGCAUUAACUAUGCUUUUGCUCCCUGCAUUGCUGUCUGCAGAGACCCGAGAUGGGGCCGGUGCUACGAGAGCUACAGCGAGGACCCAAGCAUCGUGGAGGAAAUGACUGAGUUGAUUCCCGGGCUACAGGGCGACAUCCCUGCCGGUUCACCAAAAGGUGUUCCUUUUCUCGGUGGAAAGGACAAGGUCUUAGCCUGCGCGAAGCACUUUGUGGGUGAUGGCGGGACUGUCGGGGGAAUCAAUGAGAACAAUACAGUGAUCGACUGGCAUGGGUUGCUGAGCAUUCACAUGCCUGGUUAUUACCACGCAAUCAUCAAGGGAGUGUCGACAAUCAUGGUCUCUUACUCGAGCUGGAAUGGGAAGAAGAUGCACGCAAAUCGCGCACUCGUCACUGACUUCCUCAAGAACAGACUGAAGUUCCGGGGUUUCGUUAUUUCCGAUUGGCAGGGAAUUGAUCGGGUAACGUAUCCUCCUCAUUCUAACUACACGUACUCUGUUCAAGCCGGGAUUGAAGCAGGCAUUGACAUGGUGAUGGUUCCCUACAAUCACACUGAAUUCAUUGAUACUUUGACCAGACUCGUCAACGAUAAGAUCAUCCCCAUGAGCCGUAUCGAUGAUGCAGUCAGGAGGAUACUGAGAGUUAAGUUCAUGAUGGGCUUGUUCGAGAACCCUCUGUCGGAUCAGACUUUAGCUGCCGAGCUCGGAAGUCAGGCUCAUCGAGAUUUGGCAAGGCAAGCUGUGAGGAAAUCACUCGUCCUCUUGAAGAACGGUGAGAAUGCAGAUGAUCCGAUGAUUCCUCUCCCGAAGAACGCGCCGAGAAUAUUGGUUGCAGGAACUCAUGCCCACAACUUGGGCUAUCAGUGCGGAGGUUGGACCACAACUUGGCAAGGAGUUAGCGGAAACAACCAUACUGCCGGAACUACGAUCCUGAACGCCAUUAACAACGCUGUCAACCUCAGCACGGAAGUUGUCUACAGCCAAAACCCGAGCGCUGAAUUUGUCAAGUCCAACAACUUCUCAUACGCAAUCGUCGCCGUAGGAGAACCUCCCUAUGCAGAGACAGCAGGGGACAACCAGAACCUGACGAUUUCCGAACCGGGGGCCAACGUCAUCUCCAACGUUUGUGAGACUGUGAAGUGUGUAGUGAUCGUGGUGUCAGGCCGGCCGCUGGUGAUUGAACCGUACUUAAAUCAGAUGGACGCCCUGGUGGCGGCAUGGUUGCCUGGGACAGAAGGCCAAGGAGUGGCGGAUGUUCUAUUCGGGGAUUACGGAUUCACAGGAAAGCUUCCUAGGACCUGGUUCAAGACGGUCGAUCAGCUGCCGAUGAAUGUUGGGGACUGGCAUUAUGAUCCGCUCUUCCCGUUCGGGCACGGGCUCACCACCGAACCUGUAGGAGCUGCAUAGAAGUUGAUUUUAAUUCUAUAGUCGUAGCUUUGCUUUUCAUUUUCCUUGUUUAGGUAGGUAGGUAGGAUCUUCAGUGUUUUUUUUCUUUUUUUCUUUUUUGGUGGCGCAAAGUAGGAUCUUGAGCUUGACUGCUUAUAUUAGGCCAUUGAUUGAAGGCUUUUUCCAUAUGAGUUACAUUAGAGUUUCUUUUCUCUAAUUUUCUUAUUUCCUGUAAUUCGGUGAUUAUGUUAAUUAUUUUAUUUUAUUUU